CGCUGAGAAUUGCCCUACACAUAAAGAAACCACAUAACUUCUGUUGUGACACUUGCAAAAGAAUAUUUCUUCUCAUUAAGAAAACCAUCUCCGCGAAUUUCCUCUAUUAUAAGAAAGGGGUCACAACAUGGAACUGCAUUCAAUCAGAUUAGCCACGAAGUAAUCUAACAAAAACAAUGGAGAAAGGUGAACCAUCAGAUGUGUUGUACGUGAAAUUCGAGCCUUACUGCCAAUGGAAAAAAAUCGAAGACUCUGAUGUUCUUGAGGUUCAACUCCCAGAAUUUAAGAAAGAAGAAUUGAGGGUUCGGAUAAAAAACAACUCUAUCCUUACGAUUUCCGGUGAGCAACUGGCAGCCAAAGAUGGGAAGAAGAUGCAUUUCAACAGAGACAUCAAACUUCCAAAGGAUGUAUUCCCAGACGAAAUUCGUGCUAAAUUCGGUGGCAAUAUUCUUUCAAUCACAAUGCCUAAGAAAGCUAGCCCGCCAGAAAUUAGCAAACCAAACCCGGACAAUGCCUCUGAGGAUAAACUAACACAAUCCAAUGGUAAUGGUAAGCCGAAGAACUUCAUAUCCAAGUUAAAAAGUCCAUUGUCGAGGUUGAAAUUUAGCAAGGCAACCGCAACCGCUAUGGCGACGGCUGUGGUGAUUCUGGCCGUUGGAGUUUACUACUUGAUUAAAAACUAAAUGAAGUGUAUAUACACACACACAUAUAUAGAAUCAAAUCCUUACAAAUUUCAAAUUGAAUUCAUGAAUAAACAAUUCAUUUGCUAAGAUCCUAAUUAAUCCCCCUUGAUUUCUGCAAUUUCUAUGAACCUCGGAAUAGCCAUCAAUCCCCAUAGGUGAGAAACUGACAGUUCAACGGUGGGGGAUUCCCAGAUUAUCCACUUUGAUUUUAUAUUUGAUGGUUUGUGUUUGUGUUUAUAGGCAGAGGACAAGGAAUUAAUACUUGCAUUAUAUUUAGUGUGAA